AUGUCGACCCCAGAGCCAGAUCCCAAACAAACACCACCAUCACAAUCACAAUCACCGCCAAAGCACCAAGCAUCGCGAACCCGCGAAGCAGCACUAGAGAAAGAGCUCUCGCAACUCCUCACCAUCAACAACACCCUCACCACCCUCCAUUCGACCCUCGCCAAAAUCUCGCGCGACAUAUCGCAUUUCAACGACUCAACGCGCAACACGAGCAAGAUGAUGAGCCAAUGGAGCCUGAUUUUGCAGGGGGCGAGCUUCACGCUCGAUAUGCUCGAUAAUCGCAACUGGGAUCCGCAAAAUGAAAACGAUGAUGAUGAUGAUGAUGAUGAUGAGGAAGAUCAAAAACGGGAUGAGGUUGAUGAUGAGUUGGCUUUGGUUCAGCGCAGGCUUCAAAUGGUUGAAUCUGAUAAUGCGGCGUUGGAGCGGAGGUUUAAUAACGUGGUGAGUGAGAAGCGUGAGCGGUGGGCUCGUUUGGAGGAUGGAAGGAGCAAGAGGUUGAGAGAGUUGGGGUUGGCUGGCCGAGAUACGAGGCGCAAGGUUGGCAAUCGGUGA